UUCUUUUCCUCUUUGGCUGAGCCCCGAGGGGCAGUUGGCAGCUUUACCUCAGAGCUGCAGGAAGGGACGGGGCAGUGAAAAUCUAAUCGGGUGUGAUCCUAGGCCAAGCUCAUGGCCCAGCGGGGCCAGCAGGGGCAGAUGGCAAGUGGAGACAGCAAUCUCAACUCCAGAAUGGUCACAGAUAUACAGAACACAGAGGAUCAGAACCUGCAGGAGCAGGUUUGCCCUGAGCCCAUUUUCAGGUUCUUCAGAGAACACAAGGUAGAGAUUGCAAGUGCAAUAACAAGACCAUUUCCUUUCCUUAUGGGCCUCCGAGACCGCUCCUUCAUCUCUGAGCAGAUGUAUGAACAUUUUCAAGAAGCUUUUAGAAACCUGGUCCCAGUGACAAGAGUGAUGUAUUGUGUACUCAGUGAACUGGAGAAGACGUUUGGCUGGUCACAUCUGGAAGCAUUGUUCAGCAGGAUUAACCUGAUGGCCUAUCCUGAUUUAAACGAGAUUUACAGAAGCUUCCAAAAUGUAUGCUAUGAACACCCACCUCUCCAAAUGAAUAAUGUAAACGAGUUAGAAGACAGACCCAGAUUACUACCAUAUGGUAAACAAGAGAACAGCAAUGCCGAUCAUGAAAUGGGUGAUGUAGCAGUGCCUCAGGAAGCCUUGAGCUCCUCGCCAAGGUGUGAGCCAGGUUUCUCUUCAGAGUCUUGUGAGCAAUUAGCCCUCCCAAAUGCUGAUGGAGGAGACGCAGAAGAUGCACCCAGUCUACUACCAGGUGGGGGAGUGUCCUGUGAACUUGCUAUACAAACAGAUGAAGGAGAAUCAGAUGAAAUGCCCACAUUAUUGCCUUAUGAUACGGAAGUUCUAGAAAGCAACAGGAUGACAGAUGCAGCAAGGACAUACAGCACAGCACCAGGGAAGAAAGAGGGAGACGAGGAAGGCAGGAACAGUCCCGGAAAAAGAAACCAAGACAAGGAAAAGUACCAAGAGAGUCCAGCGGCAAGAGACAGAGAGACCUUUGAUCUAAAAACUCCGCAAAUCACUAAUGAAGGAGAACCAGAGAAGGGGCCCUGUCUACCAGAUGAAGGAGAAGAUGGAAUUAUAUCAACUUUCUGUUGUGCCUUUUUGAAAACUGUGAGAGAGACAAAGGAUCAAGAGGGCAGUGGUGACUGUUCGCAAAUGUGUGAUGGAGAAGAGCCCCAGGAAGCCUCCAGCUCCCUAGCAAGAUGUGGGUCAGUGUCUGGUGAACUAGAAGAUCACCCAAUGAAUGAAGAAGGAGAAUCAGAAGAGCUCGCUUCUAGCCUGCUACAUGAUGAUGUAUCAGGAGCAGAGCAAUCAGCAUAUGAAAAUGAGAAGUGUUCCUGUGUCAUGUGUUUCUCAGAAGAGGUGCCAGGAGGCCCAGAAGUAAAGAUGGAAAGUGAUCAAGCAUGUGGCACAAUGGAUACUGUGGAUAUUGGAAACAACUCUACUUUGGGAAAACCCAAGAGGAAAAAAAGAAAAAAGAGGGGGCAUUGCUGGACCAGAGUAAGAAGGAGAAUGCAGAAAAACGUCCAACAACAUGAAAACAGCAAAGCCGAUGGCCAGGUGGUCUCAAAUGAAAAGAAGGUGAACGUGAAUCUGAAAGGCCUUUCCAAGAUUAGGGGGAGAAAGAGAAGCAAACCUAGAACCCACUUCACUCAGAGUGACAGAGCUCCACAGAAAAGAGUCCGAUCGAGAGCUUCAAGAAAGCACAAAGAUGAAACUGUGGAUUUUAAGGCUCCUUUGCUUCCGGUGACCUGUGGUGGGGUGAAGGGAAUUUUACAUAAGAAGAAAUUGAAACAAGGAAUCUUGGUGAAGUGUAUACAGAGUGAGGAUGGAAAUUGGUUCACCCCCAGGGAAUUUGAAAUCAAAGGAGGCCACGCAAGAUCAAAGAACUGGAAGCUGAGUGUGCGCUGUGGCGGGUGGCCCCUACGAUGGCUGAUAGAGAAUGGAUUUCUGCCUAAUCCUCCAAGAAUAUAUUCCAGGAAAAAAAAGAGAAUACUGAAGUCUUACAACAAUACUUCAGUUGACCCUUGUAUGAGAAACUUGGAUGAGUGUGAGGUGUGCCGGGACGGAGGGGAGCUGUUCUGUUGUGACACUUGUUCAAGAGUCUUCCAUGAAGACUGUCACAUCGCGCCUGUGGAAACUGAGAGGACCCCGUGGAGUUGCAUCUUCUGCAGGAUGAAGGAGUCUUCAGGAAGCCAACAGUGUUGUCAGGAAUCUGAGGUCCUGGAGAGGCAGAUGUGUCCGCAGGAACAGUUGAAAUGUGAGUUCCUCCUCUUGAAAGUCUAUUGCUGUUCUGAGAGCUCCUUUUUUGCCAAGAUUCCAUACUAUUAUUAUAUUAGAGAGAUGUGUCAAGGCCUGAAGGAGCCCAUGUGGUUGGAUAAAAUCAAGAAAAAGCUGAAUGAGCACAGUUACCCCCAAGUGGAGGGGUUUGUACGAGACAUGCGCCUCAUCUUCCAGAACCACAGGGCCUCUUACAAGUACAAGGAUUUUGGCCAAAUGGGACUUAGACUGGAGGCUGAGUUUGAGAAGCAUUUCAAGGAAGUGUUUGCUAUUCAGGAAACAAAUGGUAACAAUUGACUGGAUUAGUGGAUGCUGAAGGCAUUCAGCAAAUGACACCCCAAAAUAUGCCACUGGUUUGCCACUUACUUCAAAAUGAGGUCACUUGGGCACAGCACAUGCAGGGAGGGGCUUUUCUCCGAGCCUCCCUCAUCUGCCCAAAGACAAAUCCUCAAAAGGAAAUUCAAUCAUCAUGAAUCACAACCCUGAGUAUCUCAUCAGUCAGGGAAGAGUAAGUGCGAUCACAGGGGAGGAUACCGGAGGUGACACCAUCCCACAUAGACUCUCACUUCUGAGGGCUGCUCCAGACAACGUUUAUUACCCAGAAGACCUUUUAUCUGAAAACCAGCCAAGCUUUAUUCAGGAGACACUUCUUCCCUUCACUCUCCCACUUCCGUGUCACCUCCAUGCAGAAGCCCCAAGUCCCCAUUCUUUUUCAUAGCUCAGGAUGGUGUGUGAGCAUCCAUCAUCUGACUCUUCUUGGAGUCUCAUAUUUCGUGGGACUCCUAUGCAUAAAUAUAUUAUUAAAAAAAAUUUCCUCCUGUUAA